GGUCCACCUCCUUCGGCAUCAGCAACUUCUCUCGGUCCGGCUAGCAGUGUGGCGAGUUCAGCAAGUACAAGAACGGCGAAAGGCCCGAGCCCGAGUGAGGCUAGUAUGCGGACAGCGCUGCAACAGUCAAUUAGGAUGGACUCGAGAACGCAAAGGGAGACGGAGAGGGCUGCUGCUUCAUCUCGCAAGUCUGGAAAGGUUUCGCCAUCGACUCGCCUUCCAACGGCAUCUGCGAAGGAGCAAACGGCAUCUAGGAAGACGGCGUCUGCCAGGACUUCAUCUGCUAGGACCGCAUCUGCUGGAACCACAUCGAAGAAGAGCACGUCGAAGGCUACCAAGUCGAAGAAAGGGACCUCUUCAAAGGGGACGACGGAUACUGGGAAGAGUACUUCGGGAUCAGCCCGUUCGACUUCGGGCGGAAGCGGUAAAGCGGCAGCAAAUCAUCUGGUUCCGGUUCCGUCUACUCCGAAACUUCCAGUGGCGCUUCCAGCGGUUCGAAUGAGGGUACAACUAGCGGUGGAUCUCAUAGUUCUGGUUGAAAAGGAUAGAAGGAAAAGGAAAGAAUGGAUGGAUGAAAUAAAGAUAUAUAAAAGCAAAAUACGUUCAUGGUUGUGUUGUAGAGCCUAUAUUGUUGUUUUUGUCCUCCCAAAAAAGAUUUUGUAUUCCCUCCUUCCAUUAUUGUAUUCAAUCAUAUGUAGGUAUGUAUGUAUAUUAUAUGCUGUUAAGUCCGAAAAUAAUCGGGGAUGUACUAUAUUGUUGUUUUGACACAAUUAUUGUAUUCUUUAUGUUGUGCUAUGUAUGUAAUUGUCAUAUGUAUGUUCUGUAUA